GGGGGGACGCGCGCCGAGGAGGCCUGGACCGCAGAUUGGGGGGCCUUCCUCCCCCCCCCGCCCCACCAGUGGGCCUCGGAUCUACGGCGGCUGCAUCCGACCGGGAGGGGGGCCGCGCCUAGCGUGAAGCCCGACUCUUCUCCGCAGGGACUGGGGCCCAGCGCCCCGGAGGAAGGCGUCGCGGGCGCCCUGCGAGCCAAGUUCGAGGCGGGGGAGGCAGCCUCGGGCGCGCCCGGCUUCUCUGGGGGGGCGGGCGCGCAGAUGGCCACUCAGGUGGAGCCGCUGCUGCCGGGGGGCGCCCCCCUCUUGCAGGCCGAAGAGCACGGGGGGCUGGUGAGGAAGAAGCCUCCACUGGCGUCCGAGGGCAAGGGCGAGCCCGGGGCGAACGACGUCGGAGGCGGGGAGCCGGACGGCGGCGCCCGGAGACCCCGACCGCCCUACGCCAAGCCACACAAGGAGGGCACUGGGCAGCAGGAGCGCGAGAGCUCACGGCCGCCGCAGCCGCCCGGCGCCGAGGGCCCAGUCAGCGACGGGGAGGAGGGCGGCGGCGGCGAGCCGGGCGCUGGCGGAGGAGCGGCCGGAGCCGCGGGCGCCGGGCGCCGAGACUUCGUGGAAGCCCCCCCGCCCAAGGUGAACCCGUGGACUAAGAACGCGCUCCCGCCGGUCCUGGCCACCGUGAACGGACAGUCCCCUCCAGAACAUUCUGCUCCAGCCAAGGUGGUGAGGGCAGCAGUUCCUAAACAACGCAAAGGCAGCAAGGUUGGUGACUUCGGAGAUGCAAUCAACUGGCCCACGCCUGGAGAGAUAGCCCACAAGAGUGUACAGCCACAGUCGCACAAGCCUCAGCCUACCCGUAAGCUGCCACCCAAGAAAGACAUGAAGGAACAGGAGAAAGGAGAGGGGAGUGAUAGUAAGGAGAGCCCGAAAACCAAAUCCGAUGAAUCAGGGGAAGAGAAGAAUGGGGAUGAGGAUUGCCAGCGAAGCGGGCAGAAGAAGAAAGGGAACAAACACAAGUGGGUUCCAUUGCAAAUAGACAUGAAGCCUGAAGUGCCCAGAGAGAAGCUGGCUUCACGCCCUACUCGUCCUCAGGAGCCAAGACACACACCUGCCAACCGCGGGGAGAUCAAAGGGUCUGAACCUGCCACCUACAUGCCCGUGCCCGUGGCCCCCCCCACCCCAGCCUGGCAACCAGAGACCAAACCGGAGCCUGCCUGGCACGACCAGGAUGAGACAUCGAGUGUGAAGAGUGAUGGGGCUGGUGGGGCGCGGGCUUCCUUCCGUGGCCGUGGACGGGGGCGUGGUCGCGGCCGGGGACGUGGCCGGGGUGGCGCUCGAACGCAUUUUGACUACCAGUUUGGCUACCGAAAGUUUGAUGGUGCCGAGGGGCCUCGCACCCCCAAGUACAUGAACAAUAUCACCUACUACUUUGACAACGUCAGCAGCACUGAGCUUUACAGCGUGGACCAGGAGCUGCUCAAAGACUACAUUAAGCGCCAGAUUGAAUACUACUUCAGCGUGGACAAUUUAGAGCGAGACUUCUUCCUGCGACGGAAAAUGGAUGCUGAUGGUUUCCUUCCUAUCACCCUUAUUGCUUCCUUCCACCGAGUGCAGGCCCUCACCACUGACAUCUCACUCAUUUUUGCGGCCCUAAAGGACAGCAAGGUUGUGGAGAUGGUUGAAGAAAAAGUCCGUAGGAGGGAAGAACCUGAGAAGUGGCCUCUUCCCGGUCCCCCAAUAGUGGAUUAUUCACAGACUGAUUUUUCCCAGCUUCUCAACUGCCCCGAGUUUGUCCCCCGGCAGCACUAUCAGAAGGAGACAGAGUCAGCGCCUGGCUCUCCUCGUGCAGUCACCCCAGUGCCAACCAAAACAGAGGAAGUCAGCAACCUAAAGACACUUCCCAAGGGCCUGUCUGCCAGCUUGCCUGACCUGGACUCCGAAAACUGGAUUGAAGUGAAGAAGAGGCCUCGGCCCUCACCAGCACGGCCCAAGAAGUCAGAAGAGCCCAGAUUCACCCACCCGACCUCUCUGCCUCAGCAGCUGCCCUCCCAGCAGCUGGUUUCCAAGGAUCAGGAUGAACAGGAGGAACUGGACUUCCUGUUUGAUGAGGAGAUGGAGCAAAUGGAUGGGCGGAAGAACACCUUCACUGCCUGGUCUGAUGAGGAUUCUGACUAUGAGAUUGAUGACCGGGAUGUCAACAAGAUCCUCAUUGUUACCCAGACACCACCUUAUAUGCGCCGGCACCCAGGAGGGGAUCGCACAGGCAACCAUACCUCACGUGCCAAGAUGAGCGCUGAGCUGGCCAAGGUCAUUAAUGACGGGCUCUUCUAUUAUGAGCAGGACCUGUGGACUGAGAAGUUCGAGCCUGAGUAUUCCCAGAUUAAGCAAGAGGUUGAGAACUUCAAGAAAGUCAACAUGAUCAGCCGGGAGCAGUUUGACACACUAACCCCAGAGCCCCCUGUGGAUCCCAACCAGGAAGUCCCCCCUGGACCACCCCGGUUCCAGCAAGUUCCCACUGAUGCCCUGGCCAACAAGUUGUUUGGUGCUCCUGAGCCCUCCACCAUCGCCCGCUCUCUACCAACUACUGUCCCAGAGUCGCCAAACUAUCGCAAUGCCAGGACCCCGCGCACGCCCCGCACCCCACAGCUCAAAGACUCAAGUCAGACCUCACGGUUCUACCCAGUGGUGAAAGAAGGGCGCACGCUAGAUGCCAAGAUGCCUCGAAAAAGGAAGACAAGACACAGCUCGAACCCGCCUUUGGAGAGCCACGUGGGUUGGGUGAUGGAUUCCCGUGAGCACAGGCCUCGAACUGCUUCCAUCAGCUCCAGCCCCUCAGAAGGGACACCUGCAGUUGGCAGCUACGGCUGUACCCCUCAGUCACUGCCCAAGUUCCAGCAUCCUUCUCAUGAGCUGCUCAAGGAAAACGGCUUCACACAACACGUCUACCACAAGUAUCGUAGGCGCUGCCUUAACGAGCGGAAACGCUUGGGCAUUGGCCAGUCUCAGGAGAUGAACACUCUCUUCCGUUUCUGGUCCUUCUUCCUCCGUGAUCACUUCAACAAGAAAAUGUAUGAGGAAUUCAAGCAGCUGGCUCUGGAGGAUGCCAAAGAAGGCUACAGAUAUGGUUUGGAGUGCCUUUUUCGCUACUACAGUUACGGCCUGGAAAAGAAAUUUCGGCUGGACAUAUUCAAGGAUUUUCAGGAGGAAACUGUGAAGGACUAUGAAGCUGGCCAACUGUAUGGGCUGGAGAAAUUCUGGGCCUUUUUGAAAUAUUCCAAAGCCAAAAAUUUGGACAUUGACCCCAAACUGCAAGAAUACCUCGGCAAAUUCCGACGUCUUGAAGACUUCCGAGUGGAUCCCCCCAUGGGUGAGGAGGGCAACCACAAGCGACACCCAGUGACAGCAGGAGGUGGUGGCGGAGAAGGCAGGAAGCGGUGCCCUUCACAGUCUUCCAGUAGGCCUUCCACCAUGAUCAGCCAACCCCUUACUCCACCCACCGGCCAGCCUACGCGGGAAGAUGCCAAAUGGACAAGCCAGCACUCGGAUACACAAACUUUGGGAAAGUGAACAGCCCUUUAGUCCUGGGGUUGGGGGG